AAACUGCAAGUAUUUUACUUAUUCACUCCGCAUUUCAUUGUGUAGUAAGUAUAAAAAAUUGUAUGCAUCAUACAGAUUAUUUAUUUACAUCCUUUAAUAUAUUUUUAACGCUGUCAACCCACACUUGCCCAGCAUGGUGGGUUAUGGCCUGAUCCCUUAAGGAAUGUACCCAGGGCCCAUGUACCAGCAGUGAGAACAUAAUAUAUAGGCUGAUGAAUAUGAUUACAUAUUUUUACAAUAACAAAUAUUAUAUUUUUAACAAACACUAUAGUUCAAAGUACCUUGAUCUGAUCAACAAACUUCACUGACCUUGCUUACAUUAUCUAUUAUAUUCUGGAAUGAUCUAUACAUGUUACCACACACAUUGUUGCAAAAAAACAUACAAAUUUUUGGAUAUUGUGUUACAUAAGAAAAAUUGUUGAUUAAUUUGCCCUGAUUAAACCUUCGUAAAUCAUAAUGAAUAACGCACUUUUCUAAAAUCACGUCGUGUAUAGGUACUUUAAUAAAAUAAGCUUCAUUCUUAUAUUUAACUUUAGUGUUCUAAAUAAAAACCAUAGGGCCAUGGCAUUAUUUUACAACAUUUGAUAUCACAUUAAUUUCAAAAUUAUGUAAUUUUUCCAAUUAAGUCUUUAUUCACAAACAUGGACCAACCUAGUACCGAAGUAUUUAAAACACCAUCUCCCGUGAUAGCUAGUCCGCGUGAAGCCAGUAUAAAAUCGCAACACGAGACAAGUGUAAAAUCGCAAAACCUCACUAUAUUGGACGUGCCGCCGACCAUUGAAGAUCAAGUAUUCCUGCAAUCCAGUCCCCCGUCUUCUCCGUUAAUAAUGCCAAUUAGCCCUGUUAAGAAAUCCCCAAGUCCACCUCCUUCAAACCGAAACUCACCCCGUAUAUCGUUAAAAAGUGAAGGAAGUCGUAGGAAAUCAAGUCCGGAAAGUCCUCGAAGUGUAAGCCUGAAAUCGCAAUCCGUCAAGGAACAACUCAAUCUCUUAACUGAAAACGAACAAAAUAUGGAUGAUUUAUUGAAUUCUUCUAAGCUUUCGGAAAACAAACAAGGUUCCCAAAUACCUGUACUGAGCAAUAUUAAUAAAAUCGCCAGUAUGAGUAGAAAAUUAACUAGUGAAGCUAACGCACUUAGAGAAUCGAUAAAAAGUUUAAGCGAUGAUAUCAUUAAAACGAAGAAAGAACUUUCAGUUGAUGCUAGCGAAAACGUUAAUUUUCCAUAUCAUUUAUUUCUAAUUGAACUUAUUAUUAACAAAAUACACAUGAAGUGUGAUUGUUUCGAAUUGGAUUACAAUAAUCUUGUUAUAGCUGCCACAUUUUUAGGAAAACAGCCCAUAGUGCUGUACGAUUCUUCGUAUGGCAAAAUUGUAGAUUUCAAUAAUUUAAAUGUUGGAAAAUCUAUUCUUUUCGCUAUGACCUACGAUAAAAUAUGUUGUAUAAAAGACUUCAUUAUACAUUUACAACUUACGAAACAACCUCCCUGCUCUAGCUGCGUUACAAAAAUUGCUGAAACAAAUAUGGAUUACACCAAAGAUUUCGUGAGUUUAAGAGAAGAAUUAUGUAAAAAAUGGACAGAAGAGCAACCACAAGAUAAUAUAAUAUGUACGACAUCAACACCGCUUACAAAACAACUGUUUCAUUUAUGCUGCGGAGACAGUGACCAUUGUGAUUCUAUAGGUAUGAUCGAAAUUACAACGCGAAUGUCAUUUCUUGGUAAAGAAAUCACUACAGCAUUCAGUGCUUCAUCGAAAUCUCACGAAACUUCUUAUCUUAAAAAAGAAGACAACGGAAUGGCAAUGUAUUCAUGUCAGAAUGUAGAAAUGGAUUGUCAGGGCAAGGUUCUUUUAGACGAAGAUGUUCUCACAAAGAGAGAAGUACAACGUAGCAUGCACACUUUGUCCUCAAGACGAGCAGGGAGUCCGGUGUCCCAGCUAUCAAGUGGACAAGCAUCUAAUAGAGGAUAUGUUGUGCAAAAUAAUAACAUGUACCAAUAUGAUCAGGGUAGUACUAACAACUAUGAUGAAAUAUUCUCAAAAGUUAAUGCAAACGAAUUAAGGAUCAGAGUACCAAAAAGCACGAGAGUUGAGAGAAAUGGUAAAUACGAAAGAAUUCAAGAGCUGUGUUCCUGUGAAGAAACACCAUAUAAUACAGGCGACCAAAUACAGUUUCAAUUGCCGAGAAAUAAGACUUCAAAUACAUAUACUUCUAACUUAAUGUAUACUCAUAAAACAUCGGACAGAAGAUACGACAGCAGAGAUAGAAAAGUGAUUAAUGUCACACCAACAAAUUGUCCAGUGCCAGUUGAUAUGGCAAAGCAGUUACAUCCGCAAAAGGAUGUGUUCAUUCUUAAAAUUGGAAAGAAACUAGAAACAAAAGACAAAAAGACGGAUCUCGAAAUUGAGCUCGUCACACCGAAGAUUCCUCAACAGCAGCAAGUUAACAAUAAUAUAUCUCAACAAUGUAUCACAAAUGAAAUUAAGUCCAAGGCAUCGAAAUCAAGCGUGAAAAGGGGAAAGAAGAAAAAGGGAAAGAGUAAAACAGAUCUAACGAAGAAGAGCAAACGCAAAUCUACAAAGAAAUCCAAAAAAAGCAAAACAUAAAUUGAUUUAUCAAUUUGCCAUUUUCAUUGAUAAAACCACAUACAGAAAUAUUAAAACUUAUACAUUUUUAA